AAAACACUUAGAAUGUGCUCAACCCAUUAGGUCUGAGCUCACAUUCUGUGGUCACGGCUAAGAACAUUCCAGGCUUCACUAAUUUUCAGGACCCAUCUUCCUCAGGUGAGUGUUCCAACGCAUCAACUUCGGAUGGUUAUUUCUGACAAAAAAGCAUUCAGGACACUUUCCUCAAGAGUUGCUCUCCAGACCCUCCUGUAGGUGACCAUGGGGAAGAGAGUGGCAAUCGUGGGCGCCGGUGUCAGUGGCCUGGCCUCUAUCAGGAGCUGUCUGGAGGAAGGAUUGGAGCCCACCUGUUUUGAGAGAAGCAAUGAUGUUGGAGGACUGUGGAAAUUCUCGGACCAAGCAGAAGAAGGCAGGGCCAGCAUUUACCAGUCCGUGUUCACCAACUCUUCCAAGGAGAUGAUGUGCUUCCCAGAUUUCCCUUACCCAGAUGACUACCCCAACUACAUGCACCACAGCAAGCUGCAGGAGUACAUCAAGACAUUUGCUCAAAAGAAUAACCUUUUCAGAUACAUCCAAUUUGAGACCCUGGUCUCUAGUAUAAAGAAAUGUCCCAGCUUCACACUGACAGGCCAAUGGGAAGUUGUUUCAGAGAAGGAUGGAAAACAGGAAACUACUAUUUUUGAUGCUGUGAUGAUCUGUUCAGGACACCAUGUAUACCCCAAUCUGCCAACUGAUUCUUUUCCUGGCCUAGACAAGUUUCAAGGCCACUACCUUCACAGCCGGGAGUAUAAGGGUCCUGAUGCCUUCAGAGGGAAGAAUGUCUUGGUGAUUGGCCUGGGAAACUCAGGAACUGACAUUGCUGUGGAGCUCAGUCGUCUAGCUUCACGGGUCAUCAUCAGCACCAGAAGUGGUUCCUGGGUCAUGAGCCGGGUUUGGGAUAAUGGUUAUCCGUGGGACAUGGUUUAUGUCACCCGUUUUGCCACCUUUCUCCGGACCACCCUUCCUUCAUUUGUCUCUGACUGGUUAUAUGUCCAGAAGAUGAACACAUGGUUUAAGCAUGAGAACUACGGCCUGAUGCCAUUGAAUGGCACACUACGGAAAGAGCCUGUGUUCAAUGACGAGCUCCCUUCCCGCAUCCUGUGUGGUGCCGUGUCCAUCAAACCCGGUGUGAAGACCUUCACAGAGACCUCAGCCAUUUUUGAAGAUGACACUGUGUUUGAGGCCAUUGACUAUGUCAUUUUUGCAACAGGUUAUGGUUAUGCUUAUCCCUUCUUAGAUGACAUUAUCAUCAAAAGCAGAAACAAUGAGGUCACCUUAUUUAAAGGCAUCUUCCCCCCUCUCCUGGAGAAGCCCACCAUGGCAGUGAUUGGUCUGGUCCAGUCCUUGGGAGCAGCCAUCCCCACAGCAGACCUGCAGGCCCGCUGGGCAGCUAAAGUGUUUACAAACUCAUGCACCUUGCCAACAAAAAACAAAAUGAUGAAUGACAUUGAUGAGAAAAUGGGGAAAAAACUCAAGUGGUUUGGCCAGAGUCAGACUCUGCAGACAGAUUAUGUCUCCUACAUGGAUGAGUUGGGCUCCUUCAUAGGUGCCAAGCCUAACAUACCUUGGCUGUUCCUAACAGACCCCCAGCUGGCCCUGGAGGUAUACUUUGGACCAUGUAGCCCAUACCAAUUCCGUCUGAUGGGGCCAGGGAAAUGGGAGGGAGCCAGAAAUGCCAUCAUGACCCAAUGGGAUCGGACAGUAAAGGCAACCAGAACACGAGCUGUCAGUGCUGCUCAGAGACCCCAACCCUUUUACAACUUGCUUAAAGUGCUUUCAAUUCCAGUGCUGCUUCUAACUGCUUUCCUUGCCUUUUAUUAAUGAGAAUGUGCUUUGGGUUUCAGAAUUCAGCUUAGAAGUGUAAUCAGAUGUAGCUGUAUCAUCUCAGAGCUCCUCUUUCCCUUCUCCCAGACAUGUCCAUGAAUCUGAACCAUUUGACUCAAAGUUCCAGUAAAAUAGAAAAUACUCACCCUCUUCCUUUCUGAUGAGAACCUGUGCUCUAUAAAAGUCUUCACAGAAGCUGAAUGAGCAAGUCUGCAAAUGAUGGAGCUAGGAAGAAAAGGUGGGAGGGUGAAGGUUGAAUAAGAUUUAAUAAACUUUUUAAAAGGUGUUUUCUUUUGGGAAGAAGCAACAUCUUAACAAUGUCAAAUCUUCCAAACCACAUACAGUGUACAUCUUCCUUUAUCUAAUGCACCUUCAGUUUGUCUGCAGUAUUUUAUAGUUUUUAGUAUAUAGAUCUUACACAUCUAAUUUCAGAUUUAUCCUAAGUAUCUCUUCAUUUGGCAUGGUAUUAUAGUGAUUUAAUUUUUUUCAAUUCCCUAAUGUUUAUUGUUAAUAUAUAAUUUUUUUCCUUUUUUGAGGGGAUUAAUGGUUUACAGUCAACAGUAAAAUACAGUAGUAUGCUGAUAUAUAAUAUAUAACAUUCAUGUACAACCAUAAUAUUUUUUACAUAGACAAUCAUGUUAUCUGAUAAUAGUCUGAAAAUAAAUAUAUAUGCAAUCUAGAAUUGAACACAUGAAGUUACAAGGAAAAUUAAAAAACAGAAGUAGCUAAACUAUCUCUAAGGUUUUGUGAAAACUGUGGUUGUUAUUGUUGGUUAUUAUUGGGAUAGUGGGGACACAGACCUUUGGUUGUAGGUGCAUGUGGAACUAUAUACCUGUAAUGUCAUAACCUUGUAAACUGCUGUUAAUUACUAAUAAAAAAAAUUAAGAUAAUCCUAUUU